AUGGGCAAGUCGUCCAAAGAUAAGCGUGACAUAUACUACCGGCUGGCCAAAGAACAGGGCUGGCGGGCUCGGAGCGCGUUCAAGCUGAUCCAAAUCAACAGCCAGUUCAAGGUGCUGGAUGGCGUCAAGCGGGUGGUGGACCUGUGCGCGGCCCCAGGAAGCUGGAGCCAGGUGCUGAGCAAGGCGCUGUACUCGGACAGCGACGACAAGGAUGACGUGAAGAUCGUCGCGGUCGACUUGCAGUCGAUGGCCCCGCUUCCCGGUGUCGUGCAGCUGAAGGGUGACAUCACCAAGGAAAGCACCGCCAACGAGAUACUCGCCCAGUUUGAUGGUGGCAGGUUGGUGGACCUGGUCGUGUUCGACGGCGCGCCGGACGUCACCGGGCUGCACGAUCUAGACGAGUAUGUGCAGGCACAGCUGCUGCUGGCUGCCUUGAACAUUACCACUUACCUGCUCAAGCCCGGUGGCACGUUCAUCGGCAAGAUAUUCCGCGGCAAGGACUCGUCCCUGCUCAUCUCCCAGCUCGAGAUAUUCUUCGGUGAUGUAGUUGUCGCCAAGCCUUGCAGCUCGCGCAACUCCAGCAUCGAGUCAUUUGUCGUAUGCCGAGAUUUCCGGCUGCCCGACGGCUACACGCCCACCAUGGCCAACCCUCUGAUGACCAAUGACUCGCGGUCCUGGGACGAGAUGGACGUGCAUAGGGUCAUCACCCCGUUUGUGGCUUGUGGCAGUUUAAGUGGCUUUGACGCUGACAAGACCUACCCUUUAGAAAUUGACGGCCUACAAUAUACGCAGAGAAAUCCUGUACAGGGGCCGAUUGCACCACCGUACGAGAAAUCAAAGCCAUUGAUAACGACAAAAGGCAUGAGUAUUGUCCAAACACCUAUUGACCAAGGUGCCACCUCUACUGAACAACCAUUGGACUGA